UCCGCUGCCAAUUCAUUACGCCGUCGGCUAUCUGUUCGCCGCAGACUCGCGGGCGAGAAUCCGAGUUCAGAUUCCUCUAUCAGUUCUGUAACGAGUACAAUCGACGGUUCGAAGAAGAUGAGCCCCGGGGAGAAAAUCCCAAAAAUUCACCUGAAUUUUAAAGACGAUGGAAAGCAGCCCGAGGGAUCCGAGUCUUUCUCGGGACAGUUCAGCUCGUCGGGAGGUUCGAGUAGCGUAAAUGAAAUGAAUACUGAGGUAUCGACGGUGACUACCGCGGAGGUUAACUCGGACGGCGACUCGGGCGAUUCGGUGGUGGAAUCCGGCGAUUCUUCGUCAAGCAUACUUGUGUUGAUUUCGGGAUUGCUCCUCAAGGCAAUUGGGGCUCAACUAAGCUUCUUUGUUUACAGUAUCUGCUUUCCCCUGUGGUUCUUAUAUCAUUGUUACACGUUUGUUUUCCAUCCUUUUCAAACGAUUAAGCUCGGGAAAGCAUAUGUGACAGGAAAGGUAUUUGGAGUUUGGGAACUUGUUUUUUCUCUUGUCAGUUCCUUGAUAUUUGAACGGUUGAAGGAGCGCAACUCUCUUUGGAAAAUUGGCCUCCGCUGUGUGUGGGGUUUGUUGUGGUCGGCUUAUGUUUGUUUCAUUUUGUGCGGUCUCUUGAUUUCGGCUCUUAUUUUUAGUGGGUUUCUUAUGAGGUUCUUAGUUCAGGAGCCUAUCAAGAUGAAAGAGAUAUUAAAUUUUGACUACACUAAACACAGUCCUGAGGCAUUUGUGCCGAUCUUGCCUGAUUUAAAUAAUCUUAAUGGUCAGAAUUGUAAAGAAAAUAUCGCAAGUGGGAAGACCCAGUCACGGGUUAUCCCUCCUGAUCACCAAUUGCAGGUCAUUGUCUCACUAACAUUGCCGGAGUCUGAAUAUAACAGGAAUCUUGGGGUCUUCCAGGUAAGAGUAGAAUUCCUUUCUGUUGGUGGUAACAUUCUUGCAAGCUCAAGCCAUCCAUGCAUGUUACAGUUUAAAAGUGAGCCCAUUCGCCUUUUACUGACCAUCCUGAAGCUUGCACCCCUUGUUACUGGCUAUGUAUCAGAGACCCAGACACUGAAUCUGAAGCUUGGAGGUUUCACCGAAGGAAAUAUACCGACAGCCUGUCUGCGGGUUACACUUGAUCAGCGAGCAGAGUUCAGUCCUGGUGCUGGUAUACCCGAAAUAUACGAUGCAUCCUUAAUCCUUGAAUCUGAACUUCCCCUGUUCAAAAGGAUUAUAUGGUUCUGGAGGAAAACUUUAUAUGUAUGGAUUAGCAUGACAUCAUUUAUGAUGCAGUUGCUUUUUACACUGGUCUGUUGUCGACCGAUAAUCCUUCCGAGAAUAAGGAGAAGCGGUGGAUCAGCUAAUGCGAGCUCCACGGGCAACGGCGCCUCGGCACAAGGUUAAUAAUUUUGUUGCUCAUGUAUAAACCCAACAAUUCCAACAUUGUUGGUUGCUACACACCUAAAGCUAAAUAUUUAGUAUCACCAAUUCUUUUAUUAUUCUUCUUCUUUUGCUUUGACUUGUAUGUUCUUGGUCUGAAGUGAAUGAGAAUGAGAAAGUAGCAGAUCAUAUUUAUGUCCUCUUUA